UGACAUAAGAAAUCGUAAAGCAAGAUACAAAGAUUUUACUUCCCCUCAGAUAUAUGGCUUAGACGAAAACUUAAAAGAAAAGAAAUCCUACAGAUCCCUGCUGGAAAUAUAUACUACAGACUCGUAUAAUCUCAUUGGACUUACAAUAAUUGCUCUCUUUGUAAGGUUAUAUCAAAUAUGGUAUCCUACUUCCGUAGUAUUUGAUGAAGUUCAUUUUGGCGGUUUUGCAGCAAAAUAUAUUAAGGGUAGUUUCUUUAUGGAUGUGCAUCCACCGUUAGCGAAAUUGCUCAUUACUUUUGCUGGUGUCUUGGGUGGUUUUGAUGGAAAUUUCGAAUUUAAAGAAAUUGGCGACGACUAUCUUGGACCUAAAGUUCCGUACGUGAUCAUGCGUUUAUUACCAGGAAUUCUGGGAGUUUUAGUAAUACCAAUUGCUUAUCUAACCAUUAAAUUAGCGGGAUUUUCAACGAUUGCCGCAUUUUUGGUCGCAAAUUUAGUAUUAUUUGAGAAUGGUUUGGUAACUCAAAGUAGACUUAUAUUACUGGAUUCACCAUUGGUAGCUUUCACAGCAUUUACUGUAUUAAUGUGGGUCAAAUUUCAAAAUCAAGAAAAAAGACCAUUUGAAUUAUGGUGGUGGGUUUGGUUGGCGAUGACCGGUGUGGGUCUUGGGCUUACAGUUAG